UCCCGUAAAAAUCUUGACCUCACGUAUGACGUCAGCACGCUGUUGACGCAAGCCCCGCCCCUUUCGCCCUGGCCGUGUUUGUAUUUACAGCUCAAGCUCCUCCAGCUUUCAGCAAUAAACCGAGUCCGAUCACUCAUGGACCGAACGGAGGGUGUCACCAUGGCCUUUCAUGGGUCUGAGGGACUGGAAGAACAGCUCGAGGAGCCGGAGGAUACUCUGAGAGUUUCUCCGGCGGAGGAGAUGCCCGUCGAUGGGCCUCCAGCGGUAGAGGAGCCGCUACUGCUGCCGUGGGACCGCUUCUCCUCCUGGCUCCACUGCAUCUGUGUGGUCGGCUUCGAUCUGGAGCUCGGGCAAGCUGUGGAGGUGAUUUACCCACACCACUCCAAACUCACUGAAAAAGAGAAAACAAGUAUAUGCUAUCUGUCAUUCCCGGACUCCAAUUCAGGUUGUCUCGGGGACACACAGUUCUGCUUCCGUUUCCGGCAGGCCACAGGCAGGAAGUCGUCACUCGGAUGUUUCCUCGACCACUUCGACCGGGAUGCGCCGGUCUGUCUCAAGAGAGAUCAGGGCUAUUACUACGGGUAUGUGUACUUCAGACAGGUGCGAGACAAGUCGCUCAAAAGAGGCUACUUUCAGAAGUCUCUGGUCCUCAUCAGCAAGCUGCCCUACGUGACCUUUUUCCACUCUUUGCUAAAGCUCAUUGCCCCAGAAUACUUUGAGAAACAGGAGCCGUGUUUAGAGGCCGCGUGUAAUGACAUUGACCGCUGGCCCACGCCGUGUCCGGGGAAGAUCCUCACACUCCCCAUCAUGGGUGUGGUCAUGAAGCUGCGCAUCCCCACAUGUUACGACAAGCCUGGAACGUCUCAGCUCGUUCAGUCCACGCCGAGCGACAGUCUGGUGUCCAUCAUUCUGCCCACCGUCCAUGAAGUGGAUCUUUUCAGGUGUUUCCAUCCAGUGUUUUUUCAUAUUCAGAUGUUAUGGGAGCUCGUGUUGCUCGGUGAAGCGUUGGUGGUCAUGGCUCCUUCACCGGCAGAAUCUUCAGACACUGUGUUGGCAUUGGUCAGCUGUAUCUCUCCUCUGUGCUACUGCAGUGAUUUCCGGCCGUACUUCACCAUUCAUGAUAGUGAGUUUAAGGAAUACACCACUCGAACGCAAGCUCCGCCUUCAGUCAUCCUGGGAGUUACCAACCCAUUUUUUGCCAAAACUCUCCAGCACUGGCCUCACAUCAUCCGCAUCGGAGACAUGAAGCAAGCAGGUGAGAUGGCCAAACAAAUGAAAGUGAAGAAACUAAAAAAUCUAAAGACUUUGGACUCAAAACCUGGUGUCUACACUGCAUAUAAACCGUUCCUGAACAAAGACGAAGACAUUAUCAAGCAGCUGCAGAAGGGAGUCCAGCAGAAGCGCCCUUCAGCGGCCCAGAAUGCAAUUCUGCGUCGAUAUUUCCUGGAGCUCACGCAGAGUUUCAUCAUACCACUGGAGCGAUAUGUGGCCAGUCUGAUGCCUUUACAGAAGAGCAUCUCUGCCUGGAAAAGUCCUCCGCAGCUGCGGCCGUUCAACCAGGAGGAGUUUAUGAAAACGCUGGAGAAGGCCGGACCUCAGCUCACCUCACGACUCAAAGGAGACUGGAUCGGCCUCUACAGGCAAUUCCUGAGGUCUCCAAACUUCGACGGCUGGUUCAGGAACCGCAGGAAGGAGAUGACACAGAAGCUGGAAGCUCUUCAUCUGGAGGCGCUCUGUGAGGAAGACCUGCAGCUGCGGAUACAGAAACACACGGAGGUGGAGACCGUCGACCUGGUGCUCAAACUCAAGGAGAAACUGGUGAGUGCUGCACUCAUUCUGUCUGCUUUAAAGGAAUAG